AUGUUUGUCGAACGUAAGUAUUUUUACACCGUUAUUUGGUUGCUAUCAGUGAUCUUUUUUCCAACAAUAGUCGGACACGUAUUCUUGGGAUUACCAAUAAGCAAAAAAUUACAGGAUCUCACUUUUAUCAUGCAAAAGAAAAGUUGGCGUUGGAAUCCUAGUGUCACGGACAGCUUAGUGUAUCGAGGGAUGGAUUUCAAAGGAAAUCUGAGUACGUUCGUCGGAUUAGUCGGCAUUCCGUCGGAAAUUAACGAAAGCAAUUUGACAGAAAUUACUACCUCGAUGUAUAUAGUGUUGCGAUGCGAGGGCGCCGAGAUAAUUAGAGCCAUAAUGAACGACACGUUAACGAUGUGGUCAGAUAGUCUCACAGAGGAUCAAAAUAUGAUAACGGAAGACCUAAUCGAAAUCAAUCGGGUGAUACUGAAAACCGUAGAUGUUCUGAUGAAUUUUUCUGAAAUAGCACCGGACGUCUUGCCCCUCAGAGCAAUCACAUUACUGAAAAUGUCACUGAGGUUUAAUUUGUUCAUAAAUAACAUGCUUAAUAGAAUCAAUAACGCAUCACAUAAUUUAAACCCGUUUUUGGAAAAUUUCAAAAUGAUUUUAUUACAAAUGAUCAAUUUAACCGAACGUUUCAUAUUUUUGAACUGUUCGGUGAAACGGUUGAACCGUGGCGAUAGUACAGAAGUACUUAAAAAUACGAAAUGGUGUGAUAAAGAGACAAUUAAAAAUAUAAUAGAUAAAUUUGACGUAUAUUUGAAAGAUACGGGCUUAUCAACAAAGCAUUACUUUAAAUACAACCUCAAUUACAAAAUGUUUUUGAACAAUCAAACUGACCAUAAAGAUUAUGACGAUUUAUCAGCAAUAAAGUUUUUGGAAUUCAACAUGAUCAAAGAUGUAUCGAAUCAACUAAAUCUUUUAUUCAAAAUACAAUGUUUCUAUCCUUCAUUAGAGGAUAUCGAUUUGGAUGAUAUAUUAUCGUAUCAAAAAAAUAUAUUUGAUUUAAUAUAUUUUAUUGUUUACCGAAAAACGUAUACUUAUUUAACCAUACUUAGGAAGGAAAAUAAUUCACAACAAACCAAACAAACAGAAAUAAACGACGAACAGAGUAUUUCGGAAUCACUGGAAUCAAAUAUUAAUUAUUUUAACGAGUUUUAUAUCAAUGGCAAUCAGUUAUUACUAUUUUAUAAACGUCUCUACGCAAGAGCGGUUAGUCUGCAAUUCCCGACGGAAUUUAUUGACCACAUUAUCUUGAUCAGAAGAUUACUAAAAGACAUUAUUUGGGAGGGGAAAAUUACAGAUGUAGAAAAUUUAAAGGGAAAAAUGAAAAUUUAUUCCCAUAAUAUUUCGAAACGUACAUUUUUCCUCCAAAAUAAGAAUAUCGACCUUCAGCUUAUUUUAGAAAACACAAAAAAUUAUGAAUUGCAUACAUUUCUAUGGGUCAUACUAUCCAUGAAAUCUAUCAAGUAUUUCAAUCAAAUUUUUAACUUAGAAGAAUUUAAGGAUCCCGACGAGCUCAGUGAAGCGAUUAUGCAAUAUAAGGAAAGUUUAAAUAUAAUAGAAAUUAAUAUUGACACAAAUAAUCUAACAACUAAAAUGGUAGGUGAAGAAAUUUUAUCAGUGUACAAAUAUUGUUUCAAAAUUCUAUUAGAAAUUGGUAAUCGUCCAAUUUUGAACCACUUUCUCACCCAAGAAAUGUUAAUAGAACGUUUUUAUAAUAUUGAUUUCGCUUUGAACGAUACAAUACAUCAUGAAAAACAAAGAGGGGGCAAUCGCAUAGAUCUUUUACUUUACGCGCGUUAUUAUUUGGAUUCAAUUGUAAAAAAUAUUAAGAACAAAACCGCAAAUAUUUUACCUGAUAAAAUCUAUAGAACAUUAAACUUCAUCACAAACUUGGUAGAUAAAUAUCAAAUGUAUAAUUACCGUUCGCCAAAAUAUCGCAACUCAUUGUAUAUAGAGUUCGACAACAUGUUGUGGUCGAUUGAUAAACUAGAAUAUAAAAGUCCCAUUCAAUUUAAACUCCCGCCGAAUGAUAACCAAGACGAUUGUCCCCCUACGGAUAAUAUGUGCACUGAUAAUUAUAGUGUGCCUCCAUUGUAUUUUGGACUUCUUGGGGCUGGUGCAAUGUAUCCAUACGUUGAUCCAGGCUGCUCCGACGUUUUGGGUAGUAGCUUAAUUUACGGUGAUAAUGAUAGUGAUAAUGAUAACGAUAAUGAUGGUUCUGAUGAUAAUGAUAAUGAUAAUGGUGCAUUAUCUGAUAGUUAUUAUGAGUGUAGUAGUAAUGAUGAUGAUGGUGUUGGAGCCAUUUUCGAAUUAAAUGGAUUCUAAAGAUUAUCUAAAAAAUAAUAUUUAAAACAAUACGUUUCUUACUAUUCUAAAAUUCUUGAUCAUAAUUUUUUAGUAUCACAUUAUACAUAAAUUAUUUAUAUUUAAAAUGUGAAAUAUAAAUUGAGUUUUUCACUUAAAAAAAAAUUAAUUAAGUAAUAAUGUAUACUGUUUUAUAAUUUCCCUCCGUCUUAAUUUUCUAAACAUGUAUUAAAACAUUUUAAAAUUAAAUACAUAUUAUCAUAUUUAAAUUGUUAAGAUCUAUAUAUUUAUUUAAAGACUACUAUAACAUACUAAAACACUUACAUACUUAUAUAUUAUUUCUAAAUAAAACAAUUAUUUAAAAAUUUGUCUUCUUUUUUCCCCUACCUCUCUUCCUAUUUUUAUUAUGAGUUGGGAAUCUAUAUUUAAUAUAUGGGUUGUGAAGAUAGGAUAUGGACGGACAUUUUUAAUUUAUAAGUAUCUGUACUCAACGAUAACCAUUGCUAACGAAAAAACGAUUCUGAGCGGAGAGGGCAGUGUUAUAUUAUUAACAAUAUAUAUACGUCAUACUGUGAUAAAAUAAUUUCAUAUGCAUUAUAUAUUUUUUUCUAUAGUAUUUGUUUAAUAUUAUACUUAUUUUCCCGUGUUUCCUAAGUUUUUCAUGGUCCUUCAAUGUUUAAUCCCGGUUUUUCUCAUUUAUUGGGAAAAAUCCUAAAAAAAUGGCCUUCUUUAUGUACCUCCCCAGUUAGAAUUCUCGGAGUAAAAUUGUUGAUAGUAAAUCGUUCACAGAAAAACUGUAAAUUAAUAAACAUCACUGUAAAACCAAUACAUUCCUCUCUUCAUUCAGAAUCUAAAAUAUUGCCACGACUUCUUUUAUCAGUUUAUCAAUAGUUAAAGAAGAUAAAUUAUUCUUCGUUAUAACAUCCAAACUUUAAAAACAAUUAUAUUCGGUAUUUGAUAAUGAAUCUUUUUAAUUUUAUUCAAAAAUAAAGUAGUAUGUUAAAAUAAAUAUUAAAAUCGAAUAAUACAAUACAUAAAAAAGUGGGGUUUUAAUGAAAAAUUGCAACGAAUUCAAAUUUAUUUGAUUAUAAAGUAAAAUUUAGAGAGUACGAUAAUAUUUUUAUUUUUUUUUUUUUUAUAAAGUAAAAAUUAGUAUAGAUUAAUAAUUUUUUACUAUUUAUCAUUUCUUAUUAAGAGGGAAUUCCCAGGCAACGACCGCGUCCGCCAGCUAUGAUAUAACUGUGGUUUUCCAUUAGACCUGUUCACACAGGCGAUUUGAUCCCCGCGAUCCGCUAGCGGUUUAUAAAUUACCAUUUAUGAAAUUAUCUUUGAAGUGUAAAGACCCUGUAGAAAAGUGUAGAAAAUGAUCGCGCCUAUUGCAUCUUUCUCUUUUCGUAGAACGAUUACGCAUAUGUGAUACAUAUGCUACCGUUAUGGUUUUCACGUCGUUUAAUAAGUCCAUAAUAUAAAUAAAAUUAUAACUGUAAACUUAAAAACUGAAAUUAAAUACAAAGGUCUUACCUCUAAGAUGAUAAUAGACAUGCAUAACUAUUCGGCUACGACAAACAUACUAUACUGAUGACAAUAUUUAGUUAUUUAACAUAAAUUAUAAUAUCCGCAUAUCAGAACUUCUAAAAACUAUAAUUUCAAAACUUUGUUGAUUCGCUCAAUUCUGACUUCGCCAUAAAUCUUAAAUCGUCAAUAUACAUGUGUUCAAAAAAAUAAAAAUUCCACAACAUUUUUUUCAUCAAUAUUUGAUAUUAAAAUUCCCUUAAAAAAAAAAAAAUACUACACUAAACUCAAAUUUUUUUUUCAUCACAAAGUAAGACUCUCAAUGAACUUCCUGUUAAAUUUUGAAGCAUUUCUGUUCAAGUCUAAUAACUUUAACACAAAGUACCUAUUGAAUAAAUAUUACGUACAAAACUCUCAAAAUUAAUAUGUCUAUAAAAACCUUAAAAAUGGCUUAAAUUUAUUGAAAAUUUUACCACGUCUAGAAAAGGCAAAUAAUUGUCCGAAUUUCAAGUCUCUAAAAAUAUUUUUAACUGAAUUACAACAAAUAAUAAAAUUGAAAAAUUAUAAAAGUAUUAUUUUCUUAAAAUUUUCCCCGUUUUUCUUACGUUUUAUCCUGGUUUUUCCCAGAUAUUAUGCAAACUACUUGGAAAAUCAAAAAAUGACCACCUAAUACCAUCUGGACAAUAUUACUUUUCAUAAAUGGUGCCACGUAUACAUAUCUGAGCAAGAUUAAUGGAAGAAUUUUUGUACACAGCAUAAUAACAAGAAAAAAAAAACAAUCUUAGUAAACCAAUACACUCUCGCUACAUUCAGGAUCUAAAAUGUAUUCAAAAUUAUGUCUUCUUUUUUUUUGCAAUUCUUUUACCGUGUAUUUUUGAAAGUAGCUGAGUAAUAUAAGGAUUUUUUUUUAAUCAGAACACUUAGAUAUAAAUAAAGAUUAAAUGCAAUAACCAAGAAGCACGUAUGGAUCGGGAAAUUAUUCGAAAGGACCUGUAUUUUCAAUAAAAUGAUUCUUCGAAAAAAAUAAAUAAGAAAUACAUUUUUAAAAAUAACGUCUUUUUUUUUUUUAGAUUCCGAACGUAGGUUAGAUUAGGUGACAAUAAUAACAAUAUAUAGCUCGUUUACACAUUUCGACAAAGUUCUACUCAUUUAUACACAAUAAUAGAUUUACAAAACCACUACAAAUAAUGUGUAGUAAUUUCACUAGAGAAUAUUUACUUCUCGGUAAAAUGGUCGAGUGUAAAAUUUCACUAGAGAUAAUUUUCCUGAGUAAAAUGUUUCGGACAAUUAUUUUUGGACGGCGAUUGACGUCAUUACGCACGCAAAGAUAUGUGAUAAUGACAAAAAUUCGUGUAACGGAUACACCAUUUCCUCAAUUUGUAAAUUGAUUUUUCUAAAUUUUAAGGGGUGUACAAAUAUUGAAUUUAGGAUUUAAAAGACGUCCUAGGGUAAUAGAAACGGAUACAGCCAUCGUUAUAGGUAAUUUAAUAUAUGCCUAUAAGCAACGAUAAAACGACCCUAGCGAAGUUCAGUUGAUAGUGAUCCUUUGUCAACCAGUAACGUAUCUAGGAUUUUUUCAUAGGGGGGGGACAUAAAGAUAUUUAUAGACAUAUAUUCAUAUUAUUAUAUAGUAGGUAUAUCCAUGUUGUAUUGAGUACAAAAUUUGGUUUCUUAAUUACAAAACAAAGUUCAAUUUUCUCAAGGACAAUGAAAGAAUGUCGAGUACUUCAUCAGGCAUAACUUUUAUAUUAUGUUUGUGUACUGAUAGCAUGUAAAAGCCAUCAAGUAGAUUUUAAAAAAAAAUGAAGGAACAUUAUAAUCAAAAAUUUGUUUAAAAAUUUACCUAACCCGUAAUUCGUGUUCCUUAAAUACGUUUUACUCGUUUGAGUGUUGAAUACGUUCUCUCUGUGGGGUCGCUAUCAAAACGGGUAAUGUGCAUAAAAUUCUCAUCAAAUCAUCAACUCAUAAUUAUCAAAAUAUUGUUUUAAGUAAAAAAAAAUUAUAAUAACCUCCGGGAAGGAUAGGAACUCCAUAUCCCCCCAUAGAUACGCCACUGUUGUCAACUAUAUGUAAUAUAUAUAUAUAUAUAUUAAAGUAUAGUAAAACGAUUAAAUAUUUUCUUUGAUAAUAUUUGUUUAAUAUUGUACAGAUUUUCCCGUUUUUCCUAAAUUUUUUCUGCUUUUUACCAUUGGUUGAGGAAAAUCCUGGGGAAAUCAAAAAAUGACAUCUUUAAAAUACUUUUCCAGACAAAUUUCCUUUCGGGAAAAGUUCUAUCAUUGUAAAUUAGAGAUAAAUUAUUGCUGGUAGGAAAGUUAUACACAGAAAAAUAAAAUCGUAAUAUUUUAGUAAUAUAUUUCGUAUAUUUUCCUGUUGUUUUCGGUUUUUCACAUUUUAUGAGAAAAUUCUUAAGAAAAUCGAAAAAUUACUUCCUUAAAGUACCUCCUUACAUAGAUUUUCUUUCCUGGAAGGUGGAUUAGAAAUCGGAACAAGAUUUUUGGUAAAAAAGUUGCGCGCAGAUAAAAAAAACAUCUUUGUAAAACCAUAAGUUUCUGCAAUUCACUCAGAAUCUAAAAAUGAUCACAAAUGAAAUUGAAAUCGAUACUAUAUUGUUUAACGUCGAUAUUUACUUUGGUAGUAAACGUAUCUAGGGUAACGUAUCUAUAAAAAAAUCCGAAUUUCGCACGAAAACUCUUAAACCAUAAUAUUAUACUUUAAAAAAAAUACUAUACGCAUAAUGUAUGAUGAAAUAUGCAAGUAUUUUAUGUAAUUCCAAAUUAAUUUAAUUUAUUAAGUUUUUUUUAUUAUUUGUUAUGUGGUCCAAACGAUUCGAUUUGUGUACUUAUGUUUAGUGUUUACUUUUGUGGGUAAAACACGAUUCUGCAUAUUCAUUGUUCGAUAUUACAUUUUGUUCGACCUUUUUUUCUACCCAAUCUCGUAUUGUAUUCGAACGCGACGUUGCCAGACAUGGAAUACGAUUCCGCACGUUUUUUUCUUGUAACACCAUUCCGUGAUUUAUGUAUUUAUUUACCUCUUUACCAUGACAUAUUAAGUUCAAUUAAUUAAUUAAAAACAAGAUAAGUUGGGUCUUUUGAUAAAGACAACGAUAGACAUUAAAUUGUCCAAAUCUAUAUGAUUUAAUUAAUAUUUGUUAUGAUAAUGGUACCUAAGGUUAUAACGAUAAUCUCAUAAUGACGGGAUUAUUUUGAUAAAUGACCACCCACAAUAACUGUUGGUAAAUACAUAGAUAUUAAAGAAUAUCUUUAAUAUUUUUAAUAUCUAUGGGUGAAUACGAGUAUACCAGUAUAGUCGUCUAGUCAAAAUUGUUAAAACGCCGCGCGUGGAUACAGUUCAAUAAGAAGUUGUAUUAAUUUCGAGCAAUAUUCUAUACUUUAUAUUUUACGGUGUUAAAAUUUAUAAGUUAGGAAUGGAGAAUCAAUCAGAGAUAAUAAAAUAUAAGGAGGGCAACGUAUACAAAACGUUAUAUAACAUCUUAAUAAUUAUAAAAUACAUAAAAAUAUUAUAAAAUAUCUAACUUCUAUUGGCUUUAUGUAACAAGGGAAAAAUUAUAUUAAAUUGUACAUUACUUUACACCAUAUUUAUUUUUUGUAAUGACGGCUCACUAUUCACUAAUCACUAGUUCUAUAUGAAUUAACUAUUUUUAUUUAAAAUUUUUUUUUUUCGUAAUAAAUAUAGAAUCACACUGUUUAUGAUAAAUUUGACAGUGUUGCACUCAAUUUCUAUUGUUUCAAUGAACAAUAGAGCGUGCGGAAUCGUAUUCCUCCCACUUUUUGCAUAUACCGUAUUUGUGUAGGCACACCUACUACAUAUUUUGUUCUAAUGUAUCUCACACACAAGUGUGCGUUUUAUUCAAUUAUUUUAUAAUAAUAUUCUAAAUUUUCGUUAAAACAUUAAUUUCGAUUAUUGCUUUCGCAUAACUUAUAUUCAAUGCCCCUUUAAAAUUUGUUAACGGUAUAGGUUACAAAGUUGUAUUUGUACGUAUUGUAAUAAUUUAACAUGAAUUUUGAACCUUUAAGUAAAAAUCCAAGUCAAAACUUUUUAUAUGCAACAUUUUAACAAUUGUAUGAUUUAUUUCUUUUUUUUAAAAUCGCUAAUUCAACAAUAGAUAUUUUUCUACGUGAUGAAUAAUCGAUCAGGAUUAUAAAUGGAGGUGUAAGUAAUCGGAUUUGAAACAGACAAAAGCUGCAAAUUUCAUACGGUAUACAGUAUAAAUAAUAAAUAAAAUAAUGUAGUAUAGAAUAUAAUUUGUAAUAUUUGCAAACCUCUUGUAAGCUAAAAGCUUGUGAUGAAGGAUUACCAAAAGUUUUCAUUAAAUACUAAGUACAUAAACAUCAAUAAUGAUGGGUACACAUAUUCAUUAUUUGUGUAUUUUGGUCUAUUCAAUAAGAAUUUGAUUAGGCGAUUUACAGUUGCUUUUAAUGUAUUGAUAUAUGAAUCAUAUGCCUAACACCAUACAAUUAUUCCGUAAUUCAAUGUUAAUUGAACAAGUGAUAUGUAUAAAAGCCUUUUUAUUUGGAUAUUAAAUAUAUUUUUAACAUAAUCAAAGAUAUGAAAUAAUUUACGUACAAUAUCGGUUAGACAAUUUAAAUGGUGAUCCCAUUAUACCAAGAUACUGAAUUGUGUUUAUAUGUUGCAAGGCAAUAGAAAUUUUAUCAGAUAAAUUAUUAUGAAUGCUUGAUGAACUAAUGGGUAAUUUAUACAAAUGAUCAAUUAUUUCAAGGUUUAUGUUAAAAUAAAUAUUUUUUGAUUUGUCUAGAUUUAUUUUUAAUAGAUUAUUAUAAAACCAAGAUUUAACUUUAUUUAUAAUGAUAUUUGAGUAAAAACGGGGAAUCUACUAAUUUGUCUUGAAUCAAAAUAGCCGUAUCAUCAGCAUAACAUAUAGUAUUCGCAUUAAUAUCAAGAUUCAAAAAAUAAUUUUUAUUUUUAUAAUUUUUUUAUAUAAUUUUAUGAUAUAGAGGAUAGGUCCUAGAACAGUACCUUUUCCCACAUUUUACCUCUGAAAGAGAACAUAAACAAUUAUUAACUUUAACUAUUUGCAUUUUAUUUGUUAGUCAUGAACUUAAUAUAUCGUAUAUUUUGUCUCUUAAACAUCUAUAAUUUAAUUUUUUUAGAAGUGCUACGUUAUUUAUACAGUCAAAUGUUUUUUUGGUAUCUACGAAUAUUCUUAAGACUUUGUUACUACUGUCCAGGUCUGUAUGAAUAAAUUUGUUAAUUAAAAAUAAAGCAUCUUCGUUAGACCUACCUUUUAUAAACCAAAUUGGUUUUUAAAAAAAAAAUUUAAUAUUUUAAAAAUUGCAUUGUUCUAUAUUUUAGAUAUUUUUCAAAAAUUUAUUUUUUUUUAAACGAGAACAUACAUACAUUUAAUGUAAAUUGUUAAUCAAAUUAUUUUUCUGUAAAUUUUGACGUAAUGAAAUCGAAAUUUGAACGUUUCAGAAGUUUCAUAGUUAUUUUACUUUAAAAUAUCAAGGAAAACUUGUUAAAAGAGGUUUGCACACCGACCGUUUCAUGGGAGUUGUGUAUAGACAAUUUCUUGUUUGAUUACUGUAACUCAACUGCGCCGUUGUAGUAUUGUGUCCACAGCUGGCCACCACCACUAUAGGUAUCUGAUAUUUACACAUUAUUCUUAUUAACGUGAUAAUAAGAACGUUUCAUUUUUUAUCGUUCGAUAUAAGUAUAUACACAAAUUGUUUUUCCCUGUUUUCAUGUUAUGUAAGAAAAUAAAGUAAAUAUUUCGAAUUAUUUUAACGAAAAACGGAAAUAAUAUUUGUGUUUUUUUAAUAGAUGUAGACAUGAAUGAUGAUAUGGAUGAUGGAUAUGUGUGA